AUGGCUGCUGCAACACAAUCCGACGUCGCCAGCAAGUCGUCUAGCGCCCACCGUGUCACGAGCAGCUCGACUCCUGGGGCUCUUCCUGCAUCGUCUGAUGCCCACAAGACUGAAGAUCUCUCCUUCGCCAUGCUCAGUAACGGCGGGACCCAGCACAUUCCCUCUGUCAGCUUGAAGACAUCGCGCCCCACUGCCAAUGACGACCGCGACAUUCCUUCGCCGCUCACCGAACUCAGCGAGCCCGCCAGCCGACUCUCGCAAUCCUCGCUUCAAGAUACUCCUUGUCCUCCUUCACGCGCUUCUCGACAUAUACUCCCCGUGAAGAUAGAUGUACCCAUUCAACCAGGAAUCGUACCCGCACCAGCUGUCCGUCCCUCCCCCUCGCCCACGAACGCGAUGCGUUCUUGGCUGCACGGUAGCGGCUCGCUAGCCGAUGCGGUCGGCACACUCGAGACGGAGUACAAGACCGUCCAUCUGCGCAGCUGCGAGCUUCAGGCGACGGUGCUCGCGCUCAACGCCGAGAAGGCGGGCCUGCAGGCAAAGGUCGGCACUCUCGACCGACAAGCGACUAUACUGCGCGCGGACAUCGGCUCGUUCAGUGCCAUGGCGUGCGAGCUGCGCGCAGGACUGCAGAGGUCCGAGGCGAGGGUGAAGGAGCUGGAAAGGAUGGUCCAGGACUUAACGACGGACAAUCAUAGUCUUGUCGAAGACGCGCGGAAGCAGAACGUCGAGUUGCAGACGUGGAUCGAGAAGGCGGAGCGUCUGAGCAAGACGCUUGAACAAGCGCAAGAAGCGCGAGGCCGUGCAGAAGAGGCGAGAGUACAAGCCAUACGCGAGAAGGAGUUUGCAGACGCAUGCAAGAUGCGUGCAGAGCACGACGCGUCGCUGGCUACAGCGUCUGUCAAAGCUGCCGAGACGCGGGCCGAGGUGGCCAUCGACCAGGUCGCCAAGGCGGAGGGUCGGGCAGCGGUAGCGGAGUCUCGUGCAGCGGAUGCGCUCGCAGAAGCAGCUUCCGCGCAAGCCGCAGCCUCCUCCGCUGAAGCCAGGAUCGCUAUAUUGGAGGAGGCUGCCAGCGCUGCAACCGCUAACGAGCGGUACGCGCAGGCGGAUGCGCAGAUGGCUGCCGAGGACGCGCGGUCGGCUCGUCAUGACCGGAUGCUCAUGAGCGUCGACCUGGAGCACGCCCGGGACGAUGCAAAGGCCGCGCGCAAGGAGGCUCAUCUCUUGAACGAGGAUGCUGAGUACCUCAUGGUCGCGCUGGAGGAGACGGUAGAGGAGAUGAUGGCCGCACAGGCGGAGGCCCGCCAGGCGCGUCACGAAGCGGCGGUCUUCAAGACCAGCGCAGCGCCGGCAUUGGAAGAAGCUAAGGCGGCGCGCAAGGAAGCGGAGGAGGCCAAGCAGCAAGCAAAAUCUUGGGAGGCGAGAGUGAAUGCCCUGUCUGCUAGCUUCGCUGCUGUGCGCGCCGCGUUGCCUACCUCGCCGCGUGCUUCCGUGGACCAAGAGCAACUUCGAGAACCUGCAUCUGUCGAUCGCCCUCUCGCUACCGCUUUUCUUUGCUCUCCUGCAAACUCUCCGAUCUCGCUUCGCUCGCCUAGCCCUAAUUUGCAGCAUGUUUCUGUUAGCUCUGUACCACCAAGGAUCGCCCUCUCCGCGGGCAGAGCGGCCAAAGCCCUGGCGGAGGACUCCUUUCGCGCUGCUUCGCAAGUGCCAGCCAUUCCGGACUCCGCGACUGGCGACGACCUCGUACUUGUCGAGGAUCCUAGUGUGCCACUUAUCCCAAGUCUCGAAGCUCCGACCUCUCUUCCGUCUGCUUCAAUCACUUCGAAUACGUCUGCUGCCAGACUCACCAAAAAUACAUCUCGAACUCCCGCGUCGAUGCCUGCACCGCCGUUUCCUAAGCGCAUAUCGCCCUCGCGAACGGUUACGCCAGCGCCGCCUUUUCCUACCCGCCCUAAACGUUUGUCACCUUCUCGAACGUUUGCACCAGCUCCGCCUUUUCCUAAGCGCAUAUCGCCCUCUCAAACAUACACGCCGGCGCCGCUGCUGCCUCGAGCACCCCUCUCAUCCACCAACCGACGGAGUGGCAUGAUCAACUGGCAUGUCGUGCGCGAGCAGGCGCCUUCGCCUUCACCUCCCGUUGUGAUAUCAGCGAAGUCGAAGCGGUGCAUGGGCGGCAAGCGUAAGCGCGGACGUGGACGCGAUGCAGAGCUCACGAGUGACCGACAUGGAGCUGACGCGAACGGACGUCGGGAUUUAUCGCAGGUAUCGAAGCGGGCUCGUAUGGAUCCAUAA